AUGAGCGAUCGUGUGCGACGACGCCGUCUUGCUGAAGGCGAGCCUAGCGCAGCUCCCCGACUUCGAGCCGAAUUUUCGCGUCGUGAUCAAGGAGGUCUUUCUCCAGCGUCUCGUAUUCGUAUCGCCGCUGAUGUGCACCGUCAUUCAACAUCCGAUGAUGAUUCCGGAUGCGUUCUAGAAGAAUAUGCGUGGGUUCCAAGCGGGCUCAAGCCAGACAUGGUUCACGCCUACUUUGCGUGCCUUCCCGAAAACAAGAUACCGUAUGUGGGAAGUGUCGGCGAGAAAUGGCGGCAGCGGCAGCUUCGCGCGCAAUUACCGCCACAGGAUUCGGAUGUGCGAUAUUGCGAGGGUCUCAGCAAGGAUGAAGCUGAUGAGUUAAGAAUGUUCGAAAGAGGUCGCAAAACCGAAUGUCUUGGACGCGGAGUUGUGCAGCACGUGCCAUUCGACGGCAAAAACUACAAUUGCAAAAAGUGUAACAAUUCAAUGGAUGAAGGGGAACUUUGUGUGGCGGCGACGAGAACAGGUCAUGUCUAUCAUCCGGCAUGCUUCCGCUGCCAAGAGUGCGAUGCGCUUCUCGUCGACUUGAUCUAUUUCUCGAAUGACAAUCAAAUCUAUUGUGGCCGACAUCACGCCGAACAACUGAAACCGAGAUGCGCGAAAUGCGACGAGCUGAUAUUCGGCGAGGAGUGCACUGAAGCCGAAGGCCGAACUUGGCACCUUCAUCAUUUCCAAUGCGCACAGUGCAAUGAUGUGCUGGGAGGUCAAAAAUAUAUGCAAAGGGGUAAUAAGCCGGUGUGCUUAAAAUGCUUCAACUCGAGCACAACAACAUUGACGUGCACUACGUGCCGCGCAAGUUUUCCCGUUGAGACUCCACACAUGUCUCAAGGCGAUCUUCAUUGGCACGCUUCGGGACAAUGCUUCUGUUGUUGCGUUUGCUCCAAAAACUUGCUGGGAGUCAAGUAUUCUUUGGUCGGCCAACAUUUAUAUUGUGGCUACAAGACUUGUGGAGGAGAGGAUGAGCUGUUUGAGGAGGACCGAUUGGGCUCGCCGAAUCGCCGACGAUUGAUUGAGAAGACAACCAAAGUUGUUAGAAUUCCUGCUUCCCCGAGGGCCCCACACCGUCAAAUGCAGAAGCCGAAGCCUCCACAACGCGCCCCGCCACCGCCACCUUCUGAGAAUAUUUAUGAAACUGUACUUCCUUGCUCAUCAUCGAAUAGCCCUGAGUUUGAGAAGAAAUAUCCCGGAGAUCUUCCCACCUCGCCGAGCAACUAUUAUAGUAAAACGCCGAACAAAUUCAUGAGAGCUCCGAACAUGCAUGAUUCGUUCAGCACUUCUUCGUCGGAUUCGGAAGACGAGGAAUUAUAUAUUUCGAAUUUGAUGGCGGCCGCUUCAUUGAGCAGAGUUCCAAAUCGAAAACAGCCAAUGAUGCAGCCUGGCGGUGGCGUCCGAAUGGCGAAAAAGAAGAAAAGCUCAAGAUGUACUGUUUCUUAA